GUCAAUACAAACCUGUUAAGUGUAGCUCAGGUUCGAUCUAAGAGAUCGAUGACCCCUCACUUCAGGACUAGCCUCAAGAAUAAACGGAGAAGGACCAUAGACACAUUAGCUACAAACAGUUUCAGAAAAUACUUAAAUUGGGAGCCUGAGUAAAUUUAAUAAACCUCGUUAACAUUUUGUGAAAAAUGGCAAUUAUAGGGUAAAAGAAGAGGAAAAGAUUGAGGAGAAAUACAUGAAAUUCACUGAAAAUUCGGAAUCAGUUAAUCACCAGGCAAGGUAUGCAGCUAAAUCUCCUUAAUCCAGAUGUUAAUUGCUCUAGAAAUUGUCAAAAAUGGCAUGCAAUUUCUCAACUUAUUUUGAACAAAGACAGCCAAGGGUUGAGGCAAGUUUGAAAAUAGAGUAAAUAAGAACCUCAAGUUACAGAAGCUCCGAAGGAGACGAGCAGGGAAGAAGAUCUUCAAAGACCAAAACCUCAAAUAAAGAGCAUCAAAAGCUAGAACACAAUAUGUCUAACAUUCAAAUAAUUCAUAAUCAGAUCCGGGAGUUAGUAAACAGAGGGAAUAACUUUGCUAAAUUUAUGAAUAAUUUUCCUGUGAAGAACAUGAAGACUAAGCCUAUAAAACUUCUCCACUAUAAUCAAGAGAAAUAAACCCAAAGUGAGGAUCAUCACUAAUGAAAAGGAAGAUAGUAUCAGGGCAAAGAGGAAUUCACUUGAUGAUAAGUUUCAACUAAUUGACUCAGAGCACCUGCUUCAAAAGGUUCAGGGCAAGCAAGAACAGUGUUCACACAAAGAGGAAGAUAAUUUGAAGUCUUUACAGAAGAAGGAGAAGUCUAAAAAGCAGAAGUUAUCAUUUAAGCCAAAACAGAGGCUUAGUAAGUUACUGUACUCUCGAAAUACGAAGAAAUAUCGUAGCUCGAAAAAUUCAUUAAUGGAAAUGAAGAAAGGGUAUAGGAUCGAACGUAUUCUAAGCGGGAAAGAGAGAUUCUUCAAAAGAGGAGCCUCAGCAAAACCGGUGUCAAAGAAGUAUGCAGAGUCUUGUAUUGAUCUUAAAGUCAAUAAUUCUUCAAGCCAAUUAAGAGAGAACUCAUCGGCAUCUCAGAAAUAUCAGUCCUGCCAAUCAGCAAUAAAUAAUAAGACAAAUUUGAGUUAUACGAAUUUUAAAGAUCUUGUGAAAGAUAAUCCGAUGUUGGGGUACCUCUUGCCAAAAUAUAAGAAUACCAAACUUGAAAGACCUUCCAAUGAAGAACAUAACAUCAGCCAGCCAAUUAUUGGAGAUCAGAGACCAUUAAGUCAGGGUGGAAAUAGAGUUAGAUCAGGAUAUAUUUCUAGGAAUCACUCAAUCUCUAACCCUGCAAAGUCGAUUAAGGAUAUAAAAUCUUCCCUAACUUCAGAGGUCAGCAAGAAGUUACUGAAUGUUCAAGUACUAAAGCCACCGAAUGACAAGACUGAAUCAAGCGAUAGUCUGAAUAGGAAUGAUUGUUCAAGAAGUCCUCCAAGAUGCCAUUUUAGGAAGAUGAGACACCGAAGAAGAGUUCGAACAAAGAGAUUGACCAAACUUGCUAAAAUUUCGAGAAUAAAGAAGAAUAAUAAAUCUCUUCUGAAGCAUGCUUAUAAGGAAUUUGCUAUAAGAUAAGAAAGCCUGCUAAUAA